GAAGGAAAGGGAGCCCACCGGAGCCCGAAAAAGUGCCGAGUCGCAGCAGACCUGCCCCUUGCCCCUGCUGCUGCUGCUGGUGAUGAUCCGGUGACUACAGCAGAGAAGUGGAAGAGGAGUGGGAAGUGCUCAAACUUCUCUACUUGCCGGGUCCGAGCCUCCUCUCCUCCUUUUUCUCUACUCCCCCCCCCCCCUCUAUUGCCUCCCCAGUAGCAGUGAUUUGGGAUUUUUUGCCUCUCUCUUUCCUUCCAUGUGCUCCCGGCUCUUCCCUGCAGAGAAACACAAAGUUCACACGCGAGCGGCUUUUGUUGACAUUUUUUUCUCUCCCACUCACACUUGACUCGAGUUCGAGAGGGAGAACUUUCUUUUUCUUUUUUUUUUCUUUCCCUUUUUUUUUUUCCCCCUCCUUCCCCCUCUCUCCUUCCCUUACCUACGUUGCUGCACUCCGCCGACCGGCUCUUUCCACCCCCCUACCCAACUCUUAUUAUUAUUAUUACUGCUAUUAAUUAUCACCACCACUGUUGGCCGCUCCUGACGGCGAGGCAAGCAUGCUCCUGAAGCUGGUCUCCCUGCUGCUGGCCGCCGAGCUGCACCUCGCUCUUGCCCAGCCGCCGGCACCUGCCGACAACGGCGCGCCGCCGCCCCCCGCCGCCGCCUCGCCGCCGCCCCGGCCCGGCCCUCCGCUCGGGCCGCCCCACCGCCCCCCGCCGCCCCGCGGGGCCAGCGGCGUCGUGCGGCGCCUCGACCCGACCUACGCGGGGGGCGGCAAGGCGGGCUACGUCCUCUACGCCGGGGGCCAGCGCUUCCUCCUCGACCUGGAGCGCGACGAGGCGGUGGGGGCGCGGGCGCCGCGGGCCGGCGGGCCGCCGCGCUGCUACUACCGCGGCACGGUGGACGGCAGCCCGCGCUCCCUGGCCGUCUUCAACCUCUGCGGCGGCCUCGACGGCUUCUUCGCCGUGGGCCGCUCCCGCUACACCGUCAGGCCGGCGCGACGCGGCGGGGAGGCGGCCGGCCCGCGGAUCUACGGGGAGGGCCCGGCCCGCAUCCCGCACCUUUUCCGCAGGGACAGCUUCAGCUUCGAGACGGUGCCGGCCCGCACCAGCUGCGAGACCCGCGACCCGGCCGCAGCGGUCGCUGCGGCGGGGGAUGGCCGGCGGCGGCGGCGGCGGCGUCGCUCCGUCUCCCGGGCCCGGCAGGUGGAGCUGCUGCUGGUGGCCGACGCCUCCAUGGUCCGCAAGUAUGGGAAGGGGCUGCAGCACUACCUGCUCACCUUGUCCUCCAUCGCCUCCCGGCUCUAUGCCCACGCCAGCCUGGAGAACCAUGUCCGGUUGGCCGUGGUGAAGGUGGUGGCCCUGGGCGAGAAGGAGAAGGGGCUGGAGGUCAACAGGAACGCCGCCACCACCCUCAAGAACUUCUGCAAGUGGCAACACCAGCACAACCGCCUCGACGACGACCAUGACGAGCACUACGAUGCCGCCAUCCUCUUCACUCGCGAGGAUUUAUGUGGGCAUCAUUCAUGUGAUACUCUGGGAAUGGCAGACGUUGGGACCAUAUGCUCUCCUGAGCGCAGCUGUGCAGUGAUUGAAGAUGACGGCCUCCAUGCAGCUUUUACAGUGGCUCACGAAAUUGGGCACUUGCUUGGGCUUUCCCAUGACGACUCCAAAUUUUGUGAGGAGAACUUUGGCUCCAUGGAGGAUAAGCGCCUCAUGUCCUCCAUUCUGACUAGCAUCGAUGCUUCAAAACCCUGGUCCAAAUGCACUUCGGCAACUAUAACAGAAUUUUUUGAUGAUGGUCAUGGUAACUGUUUACUGGACCAACCGAGAAAGCAGAUCAUGGGCCCUGAGGAGCUACCGGGACAAACCUACGAUGCCAUUCGUCAGUGCAAACUGGCGUUUGGGCCCGAAUACACAGUGUGCCCCGGUAUGGAUGUGUGCUCUCGCCUCUGGUGUGCAGUUGUGCGCCAAGGUCAGAUGGUUUGUCUGACUAAGAAGCUUCCUGCUGUGGAGGGAACACCAUGUGGAAAAGGGAGGAUCUGCCUCCAGGGAAAAUGUGUUGACAAAACCAAGAAGAAAUACUACUCAGCUUCAAGCCAUGGUAACUGGGGGUCCUGGGGACCUUGGGGACAGUGCUCUCGUACCUGUGGCGGUGGAGUUCAGUUUGCUUAUCGUCAUUGCAAUAACCCAGCUCCUAGAAACAACGGCCGGUACUGCACCGGCAAGAGGGCCAUCUACCGCUCCUGCAACGUCGCACCCUGCCCAGCAAAUGCUAAAUCUUUUCGACAAGAGCAGUGUGAAGCAAGAAAUGGCUAUCAGUCUGAUGCAAAGGGUGUCAAGACAUUUGUUGAAUGGGUACCCAAGUAUGCUGGAGUACUUCCCGGAGACGUUUGCAAGCUCACCUGCCGAGCCAAAGGAACAGGCUAUUACGUGGUAUUUUCUCAGAAGGUAACUGAUGGUACUGAAUGUCGACCGUACAGUAAUUCAGUCUGCGUCAGGGGAAAAUGCAUCCGAACUGGUUGUGAUGGGAUCAUCGGUUCAAAGCUCCAGUAUGACAAAUGUGGGGUGUGUGGAGGAGACAAUUCCAGCUGCACAAAAGUCAUGGGAACCUUUACCAAAAAGAGCAAGGGCUACACCGAUGUAGUGAAAAUCCCAGAAGGGGCGACCCACAUCAAAGUUCGGCAGUUCAAGCCUAAGGACCAGAGCAGAUUCACUGCCUACCUAGCCCUGAAAAAGAAAAACGGUGAGUACCUUGUCAAUGGAAAAUAUAUGAUCUCCACUUCAGAAACAAUCAUUGACAUCAACGGGACUGUCAUGAACUACAGCGGCUGGAGUCACAAAGAUGAUUUCUUGCACGCAAUGGGACACUCUGCCACAAAAGAGGUUCUUAUUGUACAGAUCCUUGCGACUGAUCCAACUCAACCAGUGGACGUCCGCUAUAGUUUCUUCGUGCCAAAGAAGCAAGGGCAAAUGACUAACUCUGUCACCAGCAGUGGCGGCGGCAGCAGCAAAGUAACUCCACAGCUCACACAACCCCGCUGGGUUACGGGGCCGUGGCUUUCUUGUUCUCGAACAUGCGACACAGGGUGGCACACCAGGACUGUCCAGUGCAAAGACGGGCAUGGAAAAUUAGCUAAGGGAUGUCUUCUCUCUCAGAGACCGUCAGCAUUUAAACAGUGCUUGUUGAAAAAGUGUUAACCUGUGGUUGCGAUCUUCUUUAAAAGAGGUUUGAUUAAGCCAUUGUUGACAUACUGGUAUUAGGUCUGCCCAGACAGAGAGAAGCAAAGGCUUCAAUGUACUUGCAUACAGUCUCAAAUUAUGGGCAGAAUCUGCCUAUUUGGACCAAAUGAAGAUGUGCACUGCUUUAAAUAAUAGUAGGGUGAUCAUAAUAUGUCAAAAAAACAAAGCAUUAAAGUUGUUAUAAGCCCUCUGUGUCUGCAAAAAUAUAAAAUAAAAUAAUGCAAAAGAAGAAAAACUAGUGAAUGGAGGAUCCUGGGAUAUUUGAAGGUUACAGAAUCAUCUCCCCUUUUUCACCUACCUCUAAUACAGUAUGUCCUUAGAAAACAUCACGUGUACCCAUGAUACCACAGUAGCUUAUUUUAUACUGUUUUGUAAAUAUCUUUCAUUUGGUACGUCACUUUAUAUCACUUGGUUCUAUUAAAAAAUCAAAAGACAAACUGCAUAAGCAAAGUGAUUGACCAAAGUAUAUCUGCAGCCCUUGUGGACUCGGUCCGUUCUUCAGAAAGGGCUGCAGAUGUUUUACUGGAAAAUGACGAGCUUGCUGCUGGUUUUAAAAAGUAAUAUCUUUUGGUUUUGACAAAAGGAAACGUUUUCACGCUAGGAAUUUCCUGACAGCAGAUCAUUAUUCUAUGACAAAUACUGUGUUUCCACCCAGAAAUUCUCAGGAGCAUUGCAGCAGCUUGCAGAGCAGGGAUCCCCACAUGUGCAUUGCUCAAUACCAGCACCAUUAGCGAGUCCUCACCAUGUGUAUGUCAGACACGCACAGAAGGAGGAUUUGGCUGCUAGAAGGAAUUUGUGUACACUUUCCUUGUAAACCUUCCACUAGUUCCAGCUGUGUCACAGCUUGGGGUCCUUGUUGUCGAUGAACAAUAGCUGCUAGCUUCUUCCUUCCAUAAAACAAAGGCAUACUGUAUUUUGUAGAAAGUCGUUAGAGAACCAAAAAUUACAGGUAAGAUAAUCAAGUGUCUUCUAACUCAGAUAUUCUGAGGCUGUGUUCAACUGCUUUCUCUGUUGUUUUCUCUAUGGCUUCCACCUUGAAUCUAACAAUGUGUAAUAUACCUACACCUUUUGAAGAGGCUAUAAAGGUCAAAAAACACAGCAAGCAGUUAAUAUUUUAUCACUGUUUUGUCCAUCAUGUCUAACUCUGGUAUUCAUCUUACCAGCAAAAGUUUGUAACUAUUUGUCUUUUUCGAUUGUUUUGUGUGUGUGUGUUUGGGUUUUUUUAAAGCUAUAGAAGGCAUUCACGUUUUGUAUAUCUACCACGUUUGGGAGGAAGAGGGGUCACUAGCAAGUCAAUCCACAUCAGGAUGUGGAGGACUUGCCCAAUAUCAAUAAGACUGUUUCCACAGUACAGGCAGUAGCUGGUAAUAAUUUUCAUUGGCAGCAACUUCUGAAUCCCCUUAUUGUCUGGUAGAAGUUCUGUGACCGGGGAUGGGCAUUUCACCUUCUGCAGGUAACGGGUGGAGGCCUGACAGUAACCCCAUUAAAAUGGCUUCCUUUUAUAUCAGCAGGCUUUGAAUUAAGCCCUAGAAAAACAGGUACCGAAAGAAAUGGUUAUAAUAUGCUCAUGAAAAUAGAAUCCCAUCUGCCUUUUAUUCCUUCAUUCAUCCACACAGGAGAGUACAAGGCUGCAGGAGGAUUUUCAGACAAGCCUCACAGCUGUAAGUCAGUGGUACCCGAGCACCAAAAUACCCCGGGCUCUUCUGAAAAUCCCAAUCAUGAAAUCAGUUGAGAAAACUUGUUGUUAUGUGUAGCAAGAACGGCAGGUCUUGCUCCAGGCUGACACAAACAUGUUUUUGCAACCGUGGCAUGUUUGUAUGAACUCUAAGAAAGCAUGUGAUGAUUUCAAAACAGCAUAGAAUUGCUACAUCUACAAGUAUGAAACCUGGAAAAGGAUCUAUUUUUGUACCCGGUUCUAAAUAAACAGUAAUAGGGGCAGGGCCUCCUCCUCUGUCAAAGUGAAUUACCAAAGAAUGUUACUAGUCAUCCUCCGCUUUCAAGAAUGGUGUGGCCACCUCAUUAGGAGUAGUCCCAUGCAAAACUGUGGAUCUUGAGGAAAAUUCCCCACUUAAUCUCUGAUCCCACCCUAAGAACCAAGAUCAAGGCUCUGAAUAUUUGCAGAGUUCUGGAAAAUUAAGAUUUAUGCCUUCUGUACCUAUUAACAUAAGAUCGCUUUGAAGUGUCUUAUUUUCCUUUCAAGUAAUCUAAUUUUUAUACUUAUAUAUGUAUUACACAUCUUCUAGAACCUCUCAAAAAAGUUCAUAACAAAUAGAAACCAUCAUGAGAGGAAAACUAAGGAGAUUUAAUGUGUCUCAGUGUAGACUUAACAUUUGUCUCAGCAUACAGCUGCUGUAUUAAGUGGCAUUUGUUUUUCCUGUGUUUUAUCAUAACAGAGACAGAAUGUGCAAGUAUUUGUGUUUGCAUCAUAGUGAUAAUUUAUUAUAUGUACAACAGGAUGAGUACAGCUUUUGGAUGCUAUUCAGGCUCCAGAAGAGUAAUACCAUACGCGGGUAAAAAUUUAAAGCUUCCUUAGAUCAAGAGUAUCUUUUUUCAUGAAAAAGUUUAUUUAUAAAAAAAGAAAGAAAUAUGAGAACAAACCACUAUAGUGAUUUUUUCCCUUUUCACCGGCGUAGUAAUGAAGCAAAUUAGCAUGAGCAAAAAGCAGCUGCCUUUGUCUGGUGAGAGGGCAAAGGGGACAGACCAAGGAUGCAACCCUAAAAGUGUAAGAUAAACUAGGUCAGCCUGCUCUAGUUAACACUUGCUUUUUAGCUGUUCUUUGUAAACAGACUCCAAUUCCAAACCUUGCUUUUGUCAGUCGUAGCUAUUUCAUGUAACUGGUGGAUGAAACAUUGGUGCAAGGUAUGUGACUUUGUCAUUUCAACUUCUGUUCUCAACUAAAUGCCUUGCCACUCACACUGUCGUGUCAUUGUUUACAUUACUACCGAGUGUUGCCAAACAUAAAAUGCAUCUAGGGGAUAGAAACCCUGAGUAUUGCUCUUUGCAUAGACAGAAACAAUCCUCAGUGUUAAAUUCACUGCUGACUAUUUGGGACACAUCUCCAGUGCCCUUAGGUGGAGUUGGACCCCUCAGCAUCGGUGGGUUUUAGAGCAUCUGCUUCUCAAAUAAGACAUUCUCACUAGGAAGAAGCCUAUCAUCUUUGGUCUGACUGUAUACAAGAAAUUAAAUUUAGCUGCCUUCCUGUGGAAACAGUUUUAUCGCAAGGGGGAGAGGGAAUAGUCUUGUGGAUUAAUCACAAUUGUAAAAAAAAAAAAAGCAACACAGCACUGAAAAAAAUAAAAUAAUUUAUUGUUUUUACAACUGGUAUGUGAAUGGAUGUAAUGAAUUUAUUUAUUCUUAUUUAACAGAAAUACCAAUUGUGCAAAUUCUAUAUUUAAUAUGUUUUGCUAUCGUCUCUGUCUCUCUCUUUCUCGCUCUCUUUUAAUUUAUGCUUCAAAUUUGUUUUGAAAGUACGCCUUGUGAGUUUACAUAAUGUAUGGCACUGGUUAUUUUUUUGUAUGUUUUUAUUUAGAAAGCUUUCUGCAUGAAACAGGAGUAUAUGUGUAUACAUGUGUGCACACUGUAUAGAUGUAUAUUCUUUUUCUGCUACCAUCUUUUUCUUAGAGAAGUUGUCGACCUUUAAUUUUGUGACACCUCAUGCUCAAAGCUCCUUGUUACACUUCACUUCUAAAAUCUCUCGACUAGCAAGUCACAAAGGUCUGUGGACCAAAAAAAUAAAAA